AAAAGGGAAUCUACUGCAUAGAAGAUGCAGAACAAGAGUGCUCUGAAUCUACCCAGACUCCCCUCAAGCCACAGGGCAGAAGAUGCUGAAAAACUGACACUGCGGAUGGAAAACAGUCCUGGCAGCUCCAGGUACAAACCGACUGAAUAUGAAACGCUGCAGGCCUUUGUGGAUGCCAGUCGCCUGGAGUACAAUCUCAUUGAACAAAAGGUUCUGAAGACGUGCUGUGCAGCCAAGGCAACCAAGGAGACCUCCUUAUUACGACAGCACCGGCAGGUGUGGAGCAGAGAAUGCCCCAGGCUGCAAAAAGCUGAAGAGCAAGAAGAUGACAAUAUCCAUCAUUUUCUCAAUCAUAUUAAACCAAGGGAUGUAGCGGACACUGACAUCUUCUUACUUCAACAAUAUGGGGAAUCUCUUGAAAGGGAACGGAAGGAAUUCAGAAAAUCUACUGUUGAUCCUGUGUAUCAGCUCAGAGAUGACCUGCGCUUCAGACUGGGAGAGAUGGACGAUCAGCAGCUCAAACACCCAUCAAACUGGGAACAAGUACAAAAACAGAUCAAUUUUGUGAGAGACCAACAAAUGGACAUAAUUGCAAAGCUCAAAGCAGAGUACCAGCACACAGAGGAGCAGAUCACAGACCUUGGCUUGGAGAAAUACUUUUUUGGUACUUUGGAUACUGUUAUGAGCUCAGAAAUCAUUCCUGAGGAGCUUUUGAAUGCUGACUGCCCUUAUCCGGACCUGAAGGACUCUCUGAUCCACGCCUUUGAGUCCCUUUCAGAGAGGUACAAAGUCAGACUGCAGAGUCUGAAGGAGCAGCUGGAAAAAAAUGACAGGUUGUGUGGCUGGUGUCCAGAGGACCAUGAGCGAUUCCAGUUCACAGUUUCUAUGUACACUCAUGAUAUACCCAACUACAGAGCGCUCUGCAUGGACAUGCUGUUAAGGCAGUUCCCUGACAGGACAACGUUCGAACUGAGGCAGCAUGAGCGAUUGUGGGACAUGCAGAGAUUCACCAGGAUGCAGUUAAGAGUUGUGACCCAGCAAUGGCAUAGAGACCAACAGGAACUUCUGGAAAGGGCCCUUUUCACGCUGCAGGAGGCGGAACACGCCCACCAGGAGGAGCUGGAGCACCACAAAGACCGCCAGCAUCAGCAGAACAUCUGCUUGGAGCUCAGAGAGAAAUUGCAGCAAUGGCGGGCCCAGCAGGAGGAGGUGGCAAAACUGGAGGCAGCCAUCGCAGCGAGACGCCAAGAGGAAGUAGAGGAGAGAUUAAAGAGGGAGCAGGAGAAGGAGGCCUCAAUUAGAUCACAACAGAAAGAGAAACUGAGGCUCUUUUCUUUAAAGCAGCAGAAGAGGAGAGAGGUGCUGGAACAGAGAGAUCAGGAGAGACUCGCUGCUCUCAGGAGUGUCAUGGAGGAACAAGCCAGAAGAGAUAAGGAGAGGGUGCAGUUUCGCACCCAUGUGUGGCAGCGACGAAUGAAGGAGAGGGAAAAGCAGGAGCUCGAGCAGCAGAGGGAGGAACAAGAGAGACGGGAUCGUCUGGAAGCUCUCAGAAAGCAGGUUGAAGUGCAGGCAGAGGCCGACCCAGAGAGGAUGAUGGCAGAUACUGAAGCUUGGAGGAACCGAUGCUUGAAUCAGAGAGAGUUUGAGCUGCAGAGGCCUCUCUACAGUAUUAACACGUACACAGACAAACAGAUUGUGUCAGAUCCGAGGGUUCGAGCUGAGCAGGCCUUUCGAAAGGCUGGAGUACAUCAGAACCUGUACGCAAAGGAAAUUCUGUCCCAAAUCAAGCCCCUUAAAAUGCCAAGAAAGGACACCAAAUCUACACUUAAAUUCUAGGGCUUUGUUUGCAUAAGUGUGCUUUUACCCAACAUUUUUCUUAGCUUUUUGAUUU